AUGGAAAACCAGAACCGUCUCAAACUCCGAAUCUCUCGCAUGUUCCGAUCCUCCUUCGGUUCCUGUCGAACCCGUCACAUUACCGAUGUAAUGGAAAAAGCAGUUUUUGCACCACCCAACCCCAUUGAACCACCCUCCCCCAAAGCCACACCCUUUCCUCCCAUUUGCAGACCCAAAACAAUCAGCGACACUUGCAUACUGUCCUUUAACGAUUCUCAUUCUCUCUCCAGACGCAAAAUCUCACACUGUUCAUCACCUUUUCUCUGGGCCAACAACAACACCACCAACAACAACCUCAACCUUAGCCUCGGUGUCAUGUCCUGUCCCCCCAGCUCCCCAAACCUUUCCCUCAACACAAUCCACGAACACGAUUUCAUUUUCCACAACAAAACAAAGGCUUCAGCUUCGACAAAAAACGUCAGGGCCAAGAAGAAAAAGAAGAAGAGACGUGCCCAGAAGAAAAGGGACUUUUUCCCCUUUAAUUCAUGCGCCAAAGACACCAACUUUGGUGGCUACUGGUGGUACAGCAGUGACGAAGACGACGAAACCGACACCCUUUUUUCCUCCAAGAGCCUCUCCUCCGAUUCCUCCCGAUCCCGGCGCUGGCGCCGAAAAACCGACCGGAGCUCCGACAUGGGUGUUCUGCCGCUGCACGGAAAGGUGAAGGACACGUUCGCGGUGGUGAAGCGCUCUAGCGACCCUUACAGUGAUUUCAGGACUUCGAUGCUGGAGAUGAUAGUGGAGAAGCAGAUAUUCUCGCCGGCGGAUUUAGAGAAUCUCUUGCAGUGUUUUCUGUCUCUGAAUUCGUAUCAUCAUCAUAAGAUCAUUGUCCAAGUCUUCACGGAGAUUUGGGAAGCUCUGUUCUCUGACUGGUUUUGA